AUGAGAAAAUAUACAUUUUCAUACAUCUGAAUUUGGAUUUAAGUACAUAUGUUAUUACCUACCGAAGAAUACAUUUUUUAUUUUUUAAUAUUUUUUCUCUUACUAUAUAGAUGUAAAUGGAAGUCCAUUAUCGAUAAUGCGCAAGAAUAGUCGAACGCGCCGAAAACGCUAAUAUAUUUUCUUUCAGACGCGACAACUGCACUUUUGUUUAAUUUCGUUAAAUAUAUUAACCUGUCUACGGAAUCUCGUAUAAAUCAUAAUAGUUUUUGGAAUAAAUGCAUGAUGGGUGUGAGUGUGACGUCGUUUCUUUUCAACUGACGAAUAAAGCUGAAUUAUCGAGAUCGAUGCAUCCCUCUGCGUCUUCAUUAUCUUUUGUGAUCUUUAUCUUUCCUGAUCUCUAUUUCGAUUAACGUUGGUACAUUUCGUUGUCCGAAUGUACCCUUUUCACCGUGACUAUCUGCCUUUGCUUCCAGAUACAACAAACGUGUUGUCUAUGGAACUGGCUUCGAAUCCAUCUCUAUAUCAAACUCAGGAACAACUGUUGUGGCAUAUCUCACAUAUACGUUCUUCGCAAAAACAUUUGUUGGCAACUACGGAAGACAAGAAUCAGAGGAACAUCUGUCCGAGAUGUCACAAGAGUUAUCAACACGCGUAUCAUAUGCUGCGCCAUUACAAAUACGAGUGUGGCAGACCACCGAGAUAUCAAUGUCCUUACUGCGACAUGAAGAGCAAGCAAUCUAAUAAUGUCUAUAAGCAUAUACGUCACAAACAUGCCGGAUUUACACCUCACGUAAUCGUGCUAUAUCAUGACGAACAAUAAAUUAUUACGCUGUGCUUUCCCACAUAUCUUUCCCCUUCCUCUAUCGCAUUAUUCCUCCCCCCUCCCUCACUAUCUCUCUCUCUCUCUCUCUCAUUCUCUCUCUCUCUCUCUCUCUCUCU